CUUAUCAUUUUCUUGCUUUUAUAUAAAGAGAGAGAACCAAACACACCAUUAGCUUCGAUCAUCAUCACCAUGUCUUCUUCCAAAAUCCCUCACCUUGUGUUGAAAUCAUCCUCCAACCAACGCAAUAUACCAUUCAUAGGAUUUGGUACUGCAGCUGUAACCAAUAACGAUGGAGAACUCACAAAAACAGCUGUAAUCGAAGCUAUCAAAUCGGGUUACAGACACUUUGACACAGCGUCAAUCUAUGGUUCUGAACAGGCUUUAGGAGAAGCCAUACAAGAAGCACUUCAACUUGGUCUUAUUCAAUCCAGAGAUGAACUCUUCAUCACCUCCAAACUCUGGUUGACAGAUAAUUUUCCCAAUCUUGUUCUUCCGGCCCUUCGGAAAUCACUUCAGACGCUGAAAUUAGAAUAUUUGGAUCUUUAUUUGAUCCAUUGGCCAGUGAGUGUGAAACCUGGAAAUUGGGAAUUGCCAUAUGGUGAAGAGUUAAUAACCACACUUGACUUAAAAGGGGUGUGGAUAGCAAUGGAAGAAUGCCAGAAACUAGGCCUAACGAAAUCUAUAGGAGUCAGCAACUUCUCUUGCAAGAAACUUGAUGAUCUACUCUCUUUUGCUACCAUUCCGCCUUCCGUCAAUCAAGUGGAGAUGAAUCCUGUUUGGCAUCAGAAGAAGCUAAAAGAAUACUGUGAAGCAAAGGGUAUAAUUAUAACUGCAUUCUCUCCUUUAGGAGCCAAAGGGGCCAGUUGGGGCUCUAAUGAAGUUAUGGACAGUGAAAUACUCAAGGAAAUUGCUGAAAAACAUGGAAAAACUGUUGCUCAGGUAUGUCUUAGAUGGUUGUAUGAGCAAGGGGUGAGUAUGGCUGUGAAGAGCUAUAACAAGGAUAGAAUGAAGCAAAACUUGGAGAUAUUUGAUUGGUCACUUACAAGAGAUGACCAUGAAAAGAUUGAUAAAAUCAAACAGAUUCGUGUUAACAAUGGGCCAUUUUCUUUCAUUCCUAACAUUUGGGAUGGAGAAACGUAAGCCUUAUAUUGGGUUCUGUCCAAUGUCUCUUUUGCAAUAAAUGACUGUAUUUUGAAGUUUAUAUUUUAAAAACUCUUGUAAUAAAUGUUGUAUUUGUAGUUAUGAAUUUGAAAAAGCUCUUUAAUCUCA